AGGCUGAGCUGUGCCUACGUCGGCCUCGAAUCCCGGGGGCUGGAGGAGUUACCUUUGGAUCCCGAAAGGAGGAAGGAAGCAAAAUAUCAACAACAGUCGGAGCGACUCGGGCGCUCUGCCCCGGUCCCCCGCUCGUCCACCGCCCGUCCGCCUGCCCCCGCGCGCACGACGGGGGCUCGGACCCCCGGCGCCGCCCAGGGCCCGCGCGGACGUCGGCCUCGUCUGUGAUUCCCCCGCCCGGUGCCCCGGCUUCCCGGGGUUGAAGAGCCUCCGGACUUGGGGCCAGGGCCGCCCGCUCCCCGUCGUGACACCUCAUUCCCCUCUGCGGGGCUGGAGGCUAUACAGAAGGUGUCCUGCAGACCAUGAACUGAGCGUGGGUCCCGGACGUUCAUGAGCACAGCGUGAGGUACACCAAGACCUGCACCCUACAGCCCCUCCCCUCCCCAGCACUGAGGACCUCUGGAGAAGAUGGGGAGGAAAAAGAUCCAGAUCCAGCGAAUCACCGAUGAGCGGAACCGACAGGUGACCUUCACCAAGCGGAAGUUCGGGCUGAUGAAGAAAGCGUACGAGCUGAGCGUGCUGUGCGACUGUGAGAUCGCCCUCAUCAUCUUCAACCACUCCAACAAGCUGUUUCAGUACGCCAGCACUGACAUGGACAAGGUGCUGCUCAAGUACACCGAGUACAACGAGCCACAUGAGAGCCGUACCAACGCUGACAUUAUCGAGGCGCUGCACAAGAAGCACAGGGAGUGUGAGAGUCCUGAGGUGGACGAGGUGUUUGCCCUGACCCCCCAGACGGAAGAGAAAUAUAAAAAGAUAGACGAGGAAUUUGAUAAAAUGAUGCAGAGUUAUAGACUGGCCUCAGCUGUCCCGGCCCCCAACUUUGCCAUGCCUGUCACGGUGCCCGUGUCCAAUCAGAGCUCACUGCAGUUCACCAAUCCCAGCGGCUCCCUGGUCACCCCUUCCCUGGUGACAUCAUCCCUCACAGACCCACGGCUCCUGUCCCCUCAGCAGCCAGCACUACAGAGGAACAGCGUGUCUCCAGGCCUGCCCCAGCGGCCAGCUAGUGCAGGGGCCAUGCUGGGGGGCGACCUCACCAGUGCUAAUGGAGCCUGUCCCAGCCCUGUCGGGAAUGGCUAUGUUAGUGCCCGGGCUUCCCCUGGCCUCCUCCCUGUGGCCAAUGGCAACAGCCUGAACAAGGUCAUCCCUGCCAAGUCUCCACCCCCGCCUGCCCACAGUGCCCAGCUUGGAGCCCCCAGCCGCAAGCCUGACCUGAGGGUCAUCACCUCCCAGGGAGGAAAGGGAUUAAUGCACCACUUGACUGAGGACCAUUUAGAUCUGAACAAUGCCCAGCGCCUUGGGGUCUCCCAGUCUACCCACUCGCUCACCACCCCUGUGGUUUCCGUGGCAACACCGAGUUUACUCAGCCAGGGCCUCCCCUUCUCUUCUAUGCCCACUGCCUACAGCACAGAUUACCAGUUGACCAGUGGAGAGCUCUCCUCCUUACCGGCCUUCAGUUCGCCAGGGGGGCUGUCACUAGGCAACGUCACUGCCUGGCAGCAGCCGCAGCAGCCCCAGCAGCCGCAACCUCCGCAGCCACAGCCGCCACAGCCACAGCCGCCGCAGCCUCCGCAGCCUCCACAGCCAUCUCAGCCGCAGCCCCACCUGGUCCCCGUGUCUCUCGGCAACCUCAUCCCGGGCAGCCCCUUGCCCCACGUGGGUGCUGCCCUCACCGUCACCACCCACCCGCACAUCAGUAUCAAGUCAGAACCGGUGUCCCCAAGCCGAGAGCGCAGCCCUGCGCCUCCCCCUCCAGCGGCGGUGUUCCCGGCAGCCCGCCCGGAGCCCGGUGAUGGUCUCAGUAGCCCUGCAGGAGGAUCCUAUGAGACAGGAGACCGGGAUGACGGCCGGGGGGACUUCGGGCCUACGCUGGGCCUGCUGCGCCCGGCCCCAGAAUCUGAGGCUGAGGGCUCGGCUGUGAAGAGGAUGCGGCUGGACACCUGGCCAUUAAAGUGACGUCCCCACUCCCCUCCCAGCCUCCCUGAUGAAGAGUUGACAAUCUCACCGCCCACCCCCCUGUCCUGGGCUCCUCCCGCUCGACCCCCACUUCCUUUCUUGUGCUCCAUGUCCUGUUGAUGGUUACAUUUGUGUAUAAUUAUUAUAUUAUUAUUAUUAUUAUUAUAUUUUUUUUAAUUUGGAUUCUUGCUUUAGAGAGAGGGAUGCUUUCAUCCCUUCUCACCCCCACCAUUUUCACUGGUGGGAAGCUCUUUUUUUGUGGGAAGGGGGGGACACUUUGCACGUUGUACACAUAUGCUGCAGGAAGGGUGGGGGCCUGGUCGGCCUUGGGGAAGGGACAGAUUGCCAAGCCCUGCACGUGGAGCCCUCCCGCCCCAUCUCCCAGACAGAGGGAAAGAACCAAAAAACUACCAGGCAACAAAAACCCCUCCAGUAGACUGAAACCCCGAAGGUGGCUUGAUGGGUGAUUCGUAUUCAAGGGAAUGGGAGGAGGAAGAGGCCUCCAUUUCUGGGCUACUCACAACAGGCACCUGGGCCGGACAGCCACACCCAGCCCCUGGGUGCCCUGCACACUCAUAUGACACCCUCGCUGGCUCUGUGUGCGGCACCCCCAGGGUGUAUGGGUGCUGGCUGAGCUUCUGGGUGAGGAAGGCUGCCUGGGAAUCGGAGGCCGGGGGCAGGGCUUUGAGGGCGACCUCUCUGGGAGCACAUGUGGGGAAGAAGAGGGCGAGGCAGAAGGGCUGGGUGAGGGUGAGCCAGGCCCCGCCGCCCCCAGCCUUUUCUCUGGGAUGCACAGUGCAAUAGUGCCCCGAGCUCAGCGGACCAGCCCUGUCAAGCUGGCCCUGCUGGGAGCUCCAGGGAGGUGUCAGGGAGGUGCUCUGGGGCUGGGCACAAAGAGCAGGUAUGGGAGGGCGUCCCCUGCCUUGCAUGCACGCCGCCCCGCCCUGGGGAGUGGGCUGCGGUGGUGGGGCUGAGGCGGGGGUGUCCAGCUGCCCGCGGCCCCACCUCCUCCUGGUGCCUACUCCCGGCCCUCCUCCCUGCUCUGGCACCCUCACUGUCUGCUACCUCCUGUCCCACUGCCUCUAGGCCACAUCCCACCGCCCCUCUUGGCUACUGUAAUUGUAAAUAGUGACCUUUGGAAAACAUUAGCGGUGUAACAGUCCAGGAAACUGUUUUUUGUUGUUGUUGUUGUAUUGAUAUGAAAUGAGAUUCUAUUUUUGUCAAAGUAUAUUGUAAUAAUAAUGACUCAAAUGGCCCGUACUGUACAGACAAGAUUCUUCUGCUGUUAUUCUUCCUCCCCUCCCCUCUCCUCCCUUCCCCAUCCCUCCCUUCCCGUCUGCUGCCCCCACCAUGGGGAGCCCAGUACCCCAGGAGGCAGUCGGAGAAUGGGUCCUGUGACCUGGGCUGGAUCAGAGACUGACCUGGUGGGGGCAGAACCUGUUGUGCUCUCUGCUGCCACCCCACCCCCGCCCUGGCUGGGAGGGUGACAAGGGCAGGCUGGCAGGACUCUGGCCAUUCCUCCACACAAGCCCAGCUCCUUGGUCCAAGGGGGCGGUGCCCCUGCAUGCCUUCUGUGGGAGAUUAGAGUUAGACCAGGCCCCGUGUUGCAGCAGGGAUCUGUGCCCACUGCUGACCCAUUCUCAGUAUUCUGGCACUUGACACUGGGAAGCAACCAGCGCCAGUGAGGUGUGUGUGACCACACAUGUGCCCGGGCAUGUUCAGGAGGGCCUCUGGUAUUUACCUUUGUAUUAGAGUGCGAGUGUGUGUGCGCGCACAGUGUACCUUUGUGUCGCUCUGAGCCCAGUGGGGUGGAUUUGUGAAUCUUUGUGGGACUGGAGCUCUGAGCACAUCUGUGUAUCUGUGUGGCCAGGUGUGUUUCCAAAGAGACAAGGGGCUCUUCAGCUCCACUGCCUUGGGUUCCAGCUCUGUGUCCCUCUCUCCCUUCUCUGUUCCUGCCCUUGGCUCUGGCUUCCAUCCUGCAGGCAGAGGGAGUUGGCAAUUGGCCCUUUGCUUUUCCCUGCACCCCACUCUGCCAGGGCUGCUUUCCUCUGGGACCAUGGCCUCCACACACACUUGUCCGCUGGACCCCCACACCUGACACACAGUGCCCUCUCCCGGAGCACCCCCUCCCGCUUUCAGAACAAAACUCCAAUUCCUCUUCUUCACAAGGCUUUUUACUCUGCCGGGAAGUGGUCCUUCCUUACCGCCUCAGACUCAGUGGGCUGCCGGCAGGGAUGCAAAAUGUCCAGCCUUCCCGCAGGUUCCUAGGGCCAUUUCAGGAAUUGAUGGGACUUGAUCAGGGUGUUACAGGCAGGCAGGAUGGGCCUGGCACACAGUAGGCAUUCAGUAAUGCUGAGUGGCUGAGUGAUAGGUGCUCACUAAGUGUUGCGUGACUGGCCUUCUCUUCUCAGGCUAUCCCUCCCGUGCCCAGUCUGCCCACCUUCUAGCGGAACUUGGCCGCCAUGACCCCGGAGUGGGGGUGAGGCCCUGCAGUUCACGGUGCAAUAUUUGCCAGUUUUGCCCUCUGCUCGGAAGGGCAGACCUGGCUUCUGAUUACCCUGUGUGGAUGUGUGUGUGUCCUUUCUUCUCUGUCCCUGGCAGCAGGGAAUAGGCUGUGAAUGAAUAUGGGACAUUUCUGCAGUUCAGUACCCCAAGGUUUCUCUUGGGGACGGGGGCUCCUGGCUAGCCCAGACCUCAAGUGGGGACUUCUUUUUUCUUCCUCUCACAAGCCAAAUUUGUUUCCACCCACUCCCUUGGAAGGACUGGGCAGUCGCCAAAGUAACCACUGGAGUCAUCCAAGCCCCUCCCCUCCCCAGGUUCCCACAGCUUUCAGGGACAGUGGGCUAGAGAGCCGCCUGCCUCGGUGGAACACACACUUCCCUCCCCACAGUGCAGCAAGGAGCAGACUGACCCAGCCCUGCCCAGCCCUCCCCCUUUGGACAGGAAGGAAGUAAUGCACCUUCUUUUGCUGAUUAUUUAUUUGUUUGGAGACAGAACUGAUGUAAAAGUGUAUCUAGAAAUAUCUAUAUCUCUAUAUAUUUUUAACUAACUCUUUGGAACCCCAGGAGGUAGGGGAGUUAGGUGUUUGUGGAGGGGAGGGGAGACCUGGAGCCUGGGAAUUCCUUGAUCUCCCCUCUGACCUUGCCCCGCCCCUAAACUGCUGGUAGAAGGACUGGGAUUUGUAUGGGGGCAGGAGGCUGGGAUGGCCUGUGGAGAAUCUGGAUUCUCUGCUGUUCCCAUCCAAGUCCCAGAGGAAGGGUGGGAGGGAGGGAGGGGUGGGAUGAGGGAGGGAGGGGUGGGCAGGCUGAGGAGGUGACCCACCCCCAAGCCCGACAAUCACCCACACUCCUGGGGCGCCUGGGUCCUGGGUAGGGCGAGUCCAAGUGUGUGGCUGUUGAUUUGUUUUAAAUAUUUCCUUUCGUGCUGUAUGGUGAUGCUUUCUUAGUAUUCUACACAAUAAGAAAAGACAAAGUCCUCGAGAUUCUUAUGAGUUUUGUUUGAAAACUCUUUCACUAUAUUUGUUGUAAAGAGGUUUACUAUUAAAAGAAAAGAACACACGUUUCUGAUA